AUGAAGUGCUUCGUUGCCAUUGCUCUGCUCGCCGUCGCCGUCAGUGCGUCGCCGGUCGAAUACGGCCACUAUGGUGCCCCCGCUCUGGUUCACGCCGCCCCGCUGGUGCAUGCCGCCCCCGUCCUGAAGCACGUCGUUGCCGAGCCGGUGGCCUACCCGAAGUACUCGUUCAACUACGGCAUCAAGGACCCGCAUACCGGAGACAUCAAGUCGCAGGCCGAGGAGCGCGACGGUGAUGUCGUCAAGGGUCAGUACUCGCUGGUCGAGCCCGAUGGUUCGGUGCGCACCGUCGACUACACCGCCGAUGACCACAACGGAUUCAACGCCGUCGUCCACAAGUCGGCCCCGGCCGUCCAGAAGGUCGUCGCCGCCCCGGUCGCCCACUACGCCCACGCCCCGGUCCUGAGCCACUACGUGCACUAA